AUGGCUUCUACUCUGCUUGCAAAACUUCUUAUCCUCACCAUACUUGUAACAAUCUCAAGAGCCAACGAAGAGCUAAUGAUGCAACAAUGCCACAACUCCAAAGAUACCACCAUAUGUCUUCGCUGUCUCAGCUCAAACCCAGCUUCUCCACAAGCCGACCAAGUCGGAAUCGCUCGAAUCAUUCUGAGAUGCGUCAACUCUCACCUCAUCUCCCUCGCCAACAUCACUUCCGGUUUGACCACAGAGCACCACUGGACUCCCGAGGGAGCAGCAGCGUUGAAGCAGUGCGGUUUGGGCUACAAAAUGGCUAAGCGUGGCCUGGGAAGGGCUGACGCUUACUUAAUAGUAGGAGAUUACGACAAGGCUGCGGAUGACGUCCGCGCGACGGAAUCUCCUCUGGUCUCGUGCCGUAACAGUCUCGUGACCGUCGUCUUCAAUUUGUCCUUUUAUUUCAGUUACCAUACCAAGGUUUCCUUGGCGUUGACUCAAUCUCUGCUCAGGAUCAUUGAUCGCUUCUAG